AUGAGCUCCUUCUAUGCGGAUAAGACUGGGUUCGACCAGUCACAUCAUGAUGUCCUUUCAAUGUCUCGUUCUAUGAGAAGCAUGAACCAGCACGAUCUAGGGGAUCACUCUUGUAUGAGUCCGACUACAGAAGUGGAUGGCAAAAUGCGCAGCUCCCAAAGACGUCGUGUUCCAGUGGCGUGUCGACGGUGUCGAAAGAGAAAAAUAAAGUGCAGUGGUGAUUCUGGUGAUGGCCAAGGAUGCUCCAACUGCCGCAGUGCUGGCAGUAAUGACUGCCAAUUCUUCAGAGUUAAUUCUCAUGCCGUGAAUUCACAUGUGGUGACUUCCCAUGCCGUGAACUCUCAAAAGACCAGCACCGUGUGGCAGCCCUACCCACAUGUGGGAGCCGCGAUUGCACCGUCUGCCCCGCUGGGGAUGCUCCCUCAGCAGCCAUCGUACAAGUCAAGCCAUCUCUCUAUGGGUUCACCACAGACGCGUAUGGCCGCGUUUCCAUAUCAGCUUCAACGAUGUCCGGACUUUGACAUGAGUGCUGCCGAUGCUCAUAUUUUUGAGCAACCGAUAAGCUAUACCCAGUCUUCCUCAUACGCUCCAUCCGGGGCUCUUAUCGAUUAUAACUCACCUGUCUGGAGCUCCAAAGGAUGGGACUCGAUGUUCAACACCGGCCGCGCUCAAAAUGGCAAUCUCUACCCUGAUCCAGAGGCCAGCUUAGACCAGGCUCAAUUUGCAUACAUGCUCCCCAGUCAAGGAAUCUCCUCAGACUUGCCUCAAUCGGCCAACGCAGCUACCACCACCGUAUCCUCACCUGACACUACCUCAGGGCCAGAUCGGACCUUGCCGACACCCACAUCCAGGGGACCAGCUCCCAGUCCAGGCUUUUUACCAGACGGAACAUGGGCCCCAGAUUUCAAGACUUCAUUCUGGACUCCACGCCAAACAGAUUCAGACCAACAACCCAACUCAACUCACACAGUCCCAAGCAGCACCACCUUCACCAGCAGCCCGACUCACGAAAGCAAAUACGUCAGCAUCAAAAACAACACCCCGGAUAUGCUCUUCCCCUAUCUCCCCGUCCCAACUACAGCCGGGGAGUCAAACACAUCACCAGCACCAACAAUAAGCGGGAACACCGCUUACCCCGUCCUAGAAACAUUGGACUCGGAAUAUCCACACAUUCCCAGAAGACUGGGCCGCAAUUCACGAGACCACAGCGCCGGACAACAGCUACUAGCCCUGACCAAUGAAUGCUCUCCCGAUAUUUACGGAUACAGCACCGGCGAAAAGAGCAAGCGCGGGGUCAGGGAUGAUUCCCGUACCCUUGUUAGCGGACUCCCGUAUACUCGUGUGCAGCACCGGGAUACACCUGGUACUGCAUUCUCGUUCAAUUUGGGUCCGGACUCUUUGCCUGAGUAUCACCGAGUAGUCGAGAACGUGCACCGCCCGCCCGUUGAGCCGUUGGGUAACCAUGGCUACUAG